AUGUCUACCUCUACAAUCUCCGAGCCGGAGAAGCAGAACCAUGACACCGACCUGAUUGUCGCCGCCCUGGAAAACCCCCAGCACAUCCAAAAGGUCGUCAGCGAAGCCAUAAUCCUAGGCGGCGGGGCGGCCGCCAUCCUGCUGCAAGUCGCCCACCCGGGCGUCGCCAAAGGCGUCAACUACCACAGCAGCUUCGCCACACGCCCCGUCGACCGGCUCCGCACGACAAUGACCUACGUCUACAGCAUGCUCUUCGGAACAGCCUCCGAAAAGAAGAAGAUAAUCGAGCUCGUCCACCGCGCACACGCAUCCGUGCAAGGGCCAGACUACACAGCAGACGACCCAGACGCACAACUCUGGGUCGCGGCCACGUUAUACGGCGUGGGGAUCGAUAUCUACGAGCAGAUCUUCGGCCCGAUGGACGAUGAGCGCGCGGAGGAAGUCUACCGCGAGUAUGUCGUCCUAGGAGCGUCCCUGCGCGUCCCGCCCGAAAUGUGGCCUAAGAACCGCGAGGCGUUCUGGAUAUACUGGGACGAGCAGGUUGCGUCGUUUGAGAUCUGCGAUGAGGCCAAGAACGUCGCGCACGAUCUGCUGUAUAACCCCAAGCUGCCGUUCUAUUUCAAGGCGCUGAUGCCGACGCUGCGGAUGGUGACGACAGAGCAGCUUCCGCCGAAACUACGCGAUGCGUAUGGGCUCAAGAGUACCAAGGGGAAGAGGAGGCUUUACAAGUCGACGAUGGUGCUCACCAAGGCGACGUAUCCGUUUAUGCCGAAGGUGAUUCGCACGUUCCCGGUCAAGUUUUACAUGAAGGAUAUGCGCAAGCGGAUGGCCAAGUAUGGCGAGGCGCAGCGCAAGAUUUGA